AUGAUGAGCAUGAAGUGGGAACGCAGGGAGCAGGAGCACAAGAGAAGGGAGUCGUUGAGCGAAGGGACCGUUCCAUCGAAACCACGUGCCUUCUUUGCUCGACGGCCUAGGACGUGUAAUCAGCAAUUCCAGUCCGUCUUCUUUUCCAGACUGCCCUCGGAGGUGAGGAAGAUGGUUUAUGGAUACGUGUUGAACGAUGAGCCGUUCUUGCAUGUCACGUUCGACUCCGCGUAUGGGUUUUGCAUUCCAAAUUGCCCUGGAGCGAUAAGGUGGUCCCUGGGCCAAGAAUGGGAAGUUUGUAGGUCCGUGAUCGAACAUGUAGAAUGCAUGGCAGUCCAUGAUCGCUAUUGGAACUGUGCUGCUUUCGGCGUGCCCGAUCCCGAAACUAGGAUCCGAUACACGUUUCUGCUACUCUUGAGGACUUGUCGGCGCAUUUAUACCGAGGCGAUCGAUCUUGUGUAUGCGGAGAAUACGUUCGUUCUCGCUGUUGGCUUUAACCUAGCCAACUUCAUCAAGUCCGCUCCGCCGUGCCAUACCAACCUAAUUAGGUACCUAGUCCUGUACGUUUCCCCUCGCACCAGGGUGCCAUCGGCGGAAUGGGAAGAGACACUCAGCAUCCUGGGAAGAAUGUCCGGGUUGAGGGAAUGUCGGAUUAUAGCACACGAGCCACAUGAUAUCACGCCCCGCGCACUAGCUGUGGCGCUGAGGGAACUUCCGAACAAGCACGUCUUCGUAGUGCAGUUCGUGCCCUAG